AUGGGAAGAAAACAAGCAGAUUUGAUGGCGGCUCUUCCCACAACAGAAGAAGGGAUUCUGAGAAGAGGCCACCCGACGCCGAGUGAAGAUGACGCGUUUCACACGUAUGGAUCCUCCGCAGGGCGCAUCACCGACGAAACGGAAUACGUCCGAAAGAUUCGAACUACUUUAGAGAAGAUUCAAAGCCAAUUAUUUAAAGAUGAUAUAAAUGGUAAAACGCUGCAUUCCAAACAUGAACAGAAUUCUCCCAACUCCCUACAAAAUGUAGAUGAAGAAAGUUCGUUCAGCUCCAGAUACAAGCAGAUCGUGGAGAGGUUAAAAGACGAAGACCUGCAACUUGCUGAAACAAAUAAACAAAAUGAAGACCUGCAGAUUAAGCUGGAAGCCACGCGUGAAGCAGGAUCGAGCGCUUUAAGAGAUGCUACGCGGAAACUGUAUGAAAAUUACGGCAAGAAAGCAGAACAGCUCCGGAAAAGUCACUUGGAGGAGAAGCAAGCGCUUGAGGCAUCUGCGGUUGAACAUCAGAGAACCCUGAACAACAGCGUGGACAAACUGCAUGAAGUAGCCGAGAAAAUCCAAGAGAAGCACGGGCGGAUCCUGGAGCUGGAGAACCUCAUGCGGAGGAUGGAAGAAGAAAAGACGGUGUUACUCGCAAAGAAACAAUGGCUCGAGAACGAGAUUUCCCGGAGGAUGUCACACCCUGCCGGCAUGAAUGGUUGCGUAAAUGUGCAGACUGAGAUUUCCACAACGCAGGAGCAGAUCACCCACCUGCAGAACUUAAUGAUGUCCCAGCAUCAAAGCCUGAGAACGUUAAUCCAGGAGAGGGAAGAUUUAAAAAACAGACUGAAGGAACAAGACGAUACUAUUGUGGAUUUGAAGGAAAGAAUCAGUAUGCUAGAAUGUCAGAAUAAAGAAUUGAAAUACAAGAUGGAACACUCUAUGAGCCCCGCAAAACCGAAAGUGUCAAAAGCCAUUUCUGUAAAUGAAUCCAUGUUGGAUAAAAUGUCGCCAUACUUCAUGCUUCGAAACCUCACACGGCAAAACGGCACAGAAAGAAGCUGAUGAUAAGCGGCCAUCAUUUCAAUGUACAGAUCCCUCCUGAGCACAGGAUGAGUCAAACCCUUUAACGUUCCUCAAGUGUCAAUCAUUGUAACUUAAUAGAGAGGGAGUGGGAUGUCUGUGUGAUGCGAUCGUUCUUCAUGAUGUAAGCACCGUGGAUGUGAACUCUCUGCUGUUUGGACACAAGCUGGGGAAACGGCGUAGUCAUCGCUGGCGUCGGCAGGAACCUCAUGCUGUGGCCCCAGGCCAUAAAAUAAUUGACUUUAAUCAUUUAUGUUGUUAUCGUAUGUAUACACUUUUUAUUUAUAAAAGUGACAGGCAUGGAAAUUAUAUACGGGAUCUCCAGGGCUCGCCAGAACAGAAAUGGCAAAUCACUGCAGCCAAAAUAUAAAUACGAAACAAUAACGUAUUGUAUGAAAUGUAAAAAAAAACAAUGUAACGCUUAAAAUAUCACCAUUCCUCUU